AUCUAAAUAAAAAAUACGAGAAUUUUCAAUUAUUCACUUUAAUGGCUGGGCCUUUCAUAUCGCCUCUGCCGGGCGAUCUGCUCACGGAGUACAUGUUCGGCCGGAGACGCCAGCGACGUAAUCGUACCACAUUCACGCCACAGCAGCUGCAAGAGCUGGAGGCCCUAUUCCAGAAGACUCACUAUCCGGACGUCUUUUUGCGCGAGGAAGUUGCGCUGCGCAUCAGCCUCAGCGAGGCACGCGUCCAGGUGUGGUUCCAGAAUAGGCGCGCCAAGUGGCGUAAGCAGGCACGUCUGCAGCUGCUGCAAGAUGCCUGGCGGAUGCGCUGCCUCAGUCUGGGCACUCCGCCCGUUAUAGGCGGGGGCGGAGGUGGAGGCAGCGGCUCGAAUAGGCCAGCCAAUGGCACAGUGGCCAACGGCGGCAAUGGCAACAGUCAAAUGCCAGAGAAUUUGUCUGCUGGCAAUACACCAAGCAACAAGGAUGCCAUGAUCAAUAGUGAUGCGGGCGGCACUGAUGUGCCGGCUGCACUGGCCAAUGGACAGGGCGCCAGCAACUUUACCAUGAUGCAUCCAGCUUUCCAACAGCAACAGCAACAGUCAACGCAUUCCCAGUCCGAGCACGAGAAGCUAUCGAAAACCUAUACGGAACUGAAGCUCUACAAGGAGCCAACAGCGCAUGGUGUCGCCGAACUGGAUUUGGGUGGCAUGUCCGCCCUUGGCCCAACCUCCGAUGAGGGUUCUGAUGGCUCUGAUUCUGAGGAGAUUGAUUUGACAUCGGGUGCCUGCAUAGAUUUCUCUCAGAGCAGCAAAUUGCAACAGCAGCAACAGCAACAGCAGCAGCAGCAGCAACAGCAACAACAGCAGCAGCAACUGCAGGCCGCAGUUUUGGCGGCGACACAACCGCAAACCUCAAAUGGUGUGCACUAGACCUGAGGGUGUAUAUAGCGAACAAUAAACGAUGCAUGUAAUGUUAAUGUGCAUUUGAGUUUAUU